GUUAUGACACCCUUUGGGCAAACAGUCGCUUCAGCGCUGUUUAUUCUGACACAUGCAGUAUACGUAAACCGCUUCCCUAGUCUCUACAUUUGCUGUGACCCUGGCUGAGUGACCUGUAUCGCUAUUCCUCGCUGAAACACCUGACGCCUUAGCUUUUCCACGUGGAGUAAAAAAUGAGCAAUGACGUCCUGAUGAAAUAAGAAACAACCACUUAGCUCUUAGCAGGCAUGAAUACGGCCUUGAACCUACGUGCUGGCGGGGCGGUCAGCGCCCCAGCUUGUAAGAAGCCAGCAAAUGUAUGUUUCAUUGGCAUUGUCGGAUGCCGGCCGUCUCUUAAACCCGGAAGAUCGCUACCUGCUCGCCGUCUCCAUGCAUUGUCAGCAGCUUUCGACGACAGGCGCAUCGUAAAUGACACGCUGUUGGAGAUUCAAAAUCCCUCCACUUCCGACCCCCUUGUAAAAGACCUGGCCGGCGUGCUUCGCCUCGCCUCCCGCCGCCGCGCGCCCUUCGACGACGCCUACAUGCUGGGUCUGCUGUGGCGCGAGCGGCGCCACCUGGGCCUUGCCGCCGCCUGCCUGCUGGCCUGCACCGCCUCCAACCUGGCUGCUCCCGUGCUGAGCGGGUGGCUGCUGGAGAUGCUGAUGGGCGGACAGCCGCUGAGCAAGUACGCGGAGGUGUUGGCGCUGCUAGCAGCUGGCUACACCCUGGAGCCGCUGCUGACUCAGGUCUACAUGUACAACAUGCUGUCCGCCGGGGAGAAGGUUCUGGCCUCGCUGCGUCUGGAGCUGUUCCGCACGCUGCUCAUGCAGCGACUCAGCUUCUUCGACCGCCACACCACUGCGCAGCUGACGGCGCUGAUGAGUGUGGAGCUGGAUGCGGUGCGGGGCUUCGUGUUCAACAACGUGUCACGAGAUCGCGGGCUGCGGGCGUUCCUGGAGGCCGGCGGCUCCAUCCUUGUCCUCUUCGCGCUCUCCUGGCGUCUGGCCCCCGUCUGCUGCCUGGUGGUCCUGGCAGCCGGGCUGGCGGCCGCGGUGUACCGCCGGCACACGCGAUCCAUCGAACGGACCCAGGGGUCGGCGCUGGGUCGCAUGGUGACGGUGGCGCAGCAGGCGCUGGACAACAUGCGGGUAGUGCGCAGCUUUGCGGGGGAGGCGCUGGAGCGGGAGAGGUUCCAGGCCCACGUAGGGGCCAGCUACCGAGCCGGACUCGCCUUCGCAUCCGCAAAAGCCUGGUUCGAAACAGCCAACAGGGCCGCCAUCCACGCCUCCCUGCUUGCGCUGUACGCUUGGGGCGGCUGGCUGGUGUCCCGCGGGCUGAUGCCGGUGCGGGUGCUGGUGAGCGGCAUUGGCUUCACCUUCUCGCUCAUGUAUGCGGUGCAGGGGGCAGCCAACACCCUGAGCGAACUGAGGAGGGCGUCAGGGGCGUUCCAGAGGGUCCGGGAGCUCAUCCAGAGUUCCGAUCCCGACCCCUCCAUGUACGGCGCCCUGCCCCCCGGCGCAUGGUGGGAGGUGGCAAACGGGGACGCGCCUGUCGUACAGCCGUACGGCGCCGCGGCGGGGGAUGCGGCGGUGGUGGCGGCGCGGCGGGGGCGGGGGCUGGAGCUGCGGGACGUGUGUUUUGCGUACCCGGCACGACCUGACACGCUUGUACUGCAGGGUUUGAACCUCACGCUGCCCCACGGCCGCACCACCGCCCUAGUCGGGCUGUCGGGCGCAGGCAAAUCCACGGUCGCUGCGCUGCUCUCCCGCUUCUACGAGCCCCAAUCGGGCGCCAUCCUGCUGGACGGCCGCCCCAUCGGCUCCUUCAGCCGCGGAGAGUGGGCGCGGGCGGUGGCGCUGGUGAGCCAGGACCCGGUGCUGUUCAGUGGGACCAUCGCGGAUAACAUUGCGUAUGGCAAGUUCGGCACCGCCAGCCUGGCUGAGAUCCAAGCCGCCGCUGUCGCCGCCAACGCACACGACUUCAUUUCCAAGCUGCCGGACGGCUACCGCACCGUGGUGGGGGAGCGGGGGGUGCUGCUGUCAGGCGGCCAGCGCCAGCGUAUCGCCCUAGCUCGUGCCAUCAUCAAGGACUCGCCCAUCAUCCUGCUUGACGAGGCCACGUCAGCGCUGGAUGUGGUGUCGGAGCGGCUGGUGGCGGGGGCUAUCAACCGACUUGUGUCGGGGCGCACGGUGCUGGUGAUAGCACACCGGCUGGCGACUGUGCAGGCUGCGGACCAGAUCGUGGUGAUGCGCAACGGGCGGGUGGCGGAGGUGGGCACCCACCAGUCGCUGCUGGCGACCCACGGGUCACACUACGCGGAGCUGAUGAGCGUGCAGAACCUGACCAUGGCGUCGACGUGAGGCAGGCAGGGAACGAGG